AUGUCGAGCCUCCUCGUCUCCAACAACCACUUCGCCGCCCUCCGCUCUGCCGAGGGGCCGCAAACCACCUCUCCCAAGGCGACGGGCGUGUACAUUCCCGUUCACCGGCGCGGCGCGUCCGCGUCCUCCACCUCGCCGCUCCUCGACCACGGUUCCUCCUCCCCCGCGCGCUCGCCCAAGCAGCGCCGCCUGCGCUCCGUCUCUCCCGCGCCCGCUCACUAUUCCUCGCUGCGUGCUCGCGCCGCGCAUAUACCCGCACCCUCCCCGAUACCUGCUGGCUCCUACUCGCCCGCCGCGCUCCUCGCCCUCAUGCCCUCCGCGCGCCUCUCGCCCGAGCAGCACGCCCAAGUCGCGGCCCUCCUGCCCUUCAUGACCCGUCCCUCCGCCUCUCGGUCCCGCUCUUCACGCAGCGCCCGCGCCCAUUCCGAGCGCGCGCCCUCGCCCUCGCCUUCCACCGCCGAAUCCGUCGCGUCGUCGUCGUCGUCGUCGUCCGCGCCGACUCAGGCUCUGGCACCCCAGCCAGUCGUCACCACCGCCACCGUCGCGCCGCAGCCUCUUCCUCAGCAGAGGAAACCCGCGGACGCCCCGCGCCGCCGCCGCGCGGGCCGCAAGAACGUACGGGCGCCCGUCGCGCCCGCGGUCGUCACCACCGCGGAGCAGCGCCGCCGCGCGGGGUGGGGGUUCGCGCCCGCGGCGCACGGGGCGGACAGCUGGCGCGCGCACGCGCCGGUCGUGGUCGGGGUGUCGGCUUGA